UCCUUUCUUCUUGCUUAAAAGCAAGAUUGCUACCAAAGAAUGCUAUUACUCGUAAUGACACUUCAACUACUACAGCAUGGUGGUUGCUAAGACAACGCGCCAUAGUUUGUUAUGAUAUAUUCCUCGUAUCACGUCCAUUAACAUGCAAACUCUAAAUCCAUCCUCAUUCGAAGAUGAUGAUUUAUAUUCUGGUUACAAUGAAUUUCAUCCAUCUCUGGAUAUUGCAGCUAUUCAAGAAGAUGAAGCUUUUCAACAAGCUGUACGUACUAGUUAUGGAAAGAGACCCAUUCCAACAGCUAAAGUUCCUGGAACAUCUCGUCUAACUGCAUCACGAGGAGGUACUGGGUGGGGUCGUUCUAUGGUACCUUCCUCUUCCGGGUUGUCCUCUGUCAGUUCCCAAGAAGCUCUUACCCGUCCAAUGACCGCUGUCCGUGGUGCUGGCUUUACAUCUUCUGGGCGAGCACCAUCAGGUAUAUUUGACCCUCUCAAUCAAGCAAAAUCUACUAUAUCUCCUUUGCAAAUGAAAGAUGAAAACAGUCCUGAAGAGAGAUUGAAGCAACUGGAAAAAAAAGUUUUGGAAUUGUUAGAAGAAAGUUGCAUUGCUGCAGGUUCAGGAGAGUUAAAACUAGCAUUAGAAAAAGGCAAAGAAGCUGCAAGUAAAGAAAGAGCUCUCACUAGGCAAAGAGAUCAACUUGCUUUAGAAAUAACACCAAACAUGGAUUUAACAUUUUCUGUAUUGCUUAAUCUAGCCACUCAAUAUGGAAACAAUGAAAUGUAUGGAGAAGCACUGAAUACAUAUCAGAUAAUAAUCAAAAACAGAUCUUUUAGCAAUGCAGGUCGUCUCAAAACAAAUAUGGGAAAUUUAUGUUUCAAUCAGGGAAAUUAUCCUAAAGCAAUCAAAUUUUAUAGAAUGGCUUUAGAUCAAGUUCCUAAUACUCAUAGGGAUAUGAGGAUUAAAAUUAUGAAAAACAUUGGACUCGCUUUUGUUAAGCUUGGCCAAUACACUGAUGCUAUAACAUCAUAUGAAUAUAUAAUGGCAGAGAAAGCAGAUUUUAGGACUGCAUUGCAUCUUCUUUUAUGUCACCAUGCUCUUGGGGACAAAGAGAAAAUGAAAAAAAGUUUUGUGAAGCUGCUAGAUAUUGUUUUGGAUCACGUUGAAGAUGAAGAUAAAUACUCAGCUACUUCUGAUGACCCUCAAACAAAUCUUAUUGUUGAAGCCAUAAAAAAUGAUUCACUUCGUAAAAUAGAGAGGCAGAGGAAACAAGAAGCAGAGUGGACAAUCCUAACAGCUGCUAAAUUGAUUGCUCCAGUAAUUUUAGACACUUUUGCUGCUGGUUAUGAAUGGUGUGUUGAUCAAAUUAAGGUAUCACCAUAUGCAGAUCUGGCUAAUGAUCUUGAAAUAAAUAAGGCAGUAACUUAUCUCCGCAAACGAGAAUUUAACCAGGCUAUAGAAACUCUGAAAGCAUUCGAAAGAAAAGAAACUAAAGUUGCAAGCACUGCUGCAACUAACUUAGCUUUCUUAUAUUACUUGCAAGGUGAUAUUUCUCAAGCAGAAAAAUGUGCUGAUCAAGCUAUUAUUGCAGAUCGCUAUAAUGCUGGAGCUCUUGUAAACAAAGGAAACUGCUGUUUGUCUAAAGGAGAUACUGAGAAAGCUGUUGAAUUUUAUAAAGAAGCCUUAUCAAAUGAAGCAAGUUGUGUUGAAGCAUUGUACAAUCUUGGUCUUGCAUAUAAAAAGCUUAAUAACGCAGAGGAUGCAUUGGAAUCAUUUUAUAAACUACAUGGCAUUGUUCGCAAUCAUCCUUUAGUGAUAUAUCAAAUAGCCAGUUUAUAUGAGCUAAUAGAAGAUAUAGAUCAAGCACUAGAAUGGUAUCAACAAGUUAUUACUUUAGUAGCAACUGAUCCAUAUCUUCUUGCAAAAAUCGGAGACAUGUUUGAAUCUGAAGGAGACAAGCAGCAAGCAUUUCAGUAUCAUUCAGAUUCUUACAGAUAUUUUCCUUCAAAUAUGGAAAUCAUACAAAAAUUAGGUUCCUAUUUUAUUGAAUCUCAGAUGUUUGAAGAAGCAAUAAAGUUUUUUGAGCGUGCAGCUAUUAUUCAACCGAAUCAAGUCAAAUGGAAGUUAAUGGUAGCAGCAUGUCAGAGGAGGAGUGGUAACUACCAACAAGCAUUUGAAGAGUAUAAAGCUAUUCAUCGCAAAUUUCCAGAUGAUGUGGAAUGUCUUAGGUUUCUUGUACGCUUAUGCACAGAUUUAGGUUUGAAAGAAGCUUCUGAAUAUGCUGCAAAACUGAAAAAAGCUGAAAAAGCUAAAGAAGUUAAAAUACAGAGAACAGCCAGUAGUGGAAGUCGUCCAGGAAGUCGAAGAAGUAGUGGCCGAACUUCUAGAGAUGGUUCUGCUAGUAGUUUAAGUAAUGCAAGUUUACCAUUAGGAAGCCCUAGACAAACUCACUCUGGACAUUCACUAAGCACCUCGGCUAAAACUUUAAACAGUGCUCAGAAAAUAUUAGAAACUGAUGAAUCUAAUGCAAUUAAUGAUCACCAAGACAUAAUAUUUGAUGAAAAAUUUCCUCUAGGACGCCCCAAAACAGCCAGUGGAAAUAGAGAUGAUUUUGAAGAUGAAGAUCUUCCACCAGAAAUCUUGCCAGAUUAAAUUAUAUGGUAAGAGAUGCAGUUAUUGAACAACAUUAUGUUGUUACCAUGAAAAAUGUAACAUUUUCUAAAACACUUUGAAAGUUUUAAAUGUAUAUUGUAUUUAUUUAAAAUAGAUUUAUAUUAAUUUUAAUUAAAAUACCAUUAUUUGA